GUCCAUAUUGCUGGCCAUAUAAUAGCUUGUACUACCUUGUAAGCUGUAAGUCAAACUCCAGAGCUCACCUUGCAACAGAGGGAGAUGUCUGAAGAAAGAGCACUCGCUGUAGGCGCCGGCGGCUACGGGGGCGGCGAGAUAACAUUCACGGUUGUGAUGAGCUGCCUCACGGCGGCCUCAGGCGGGCUCAUAGUUGGGUACGACAUCGGAAUCACAGGUGGGUUGACGCAGAUGGAGUCGUUCCUCGAAGCUUUCUUCCCAGAAAUCCUGCGGAAGAUGUCGAACGCGCAGCAGGACGCAUAUUGCAUCUUCGACAGUCAGGUGCUUAACGCCUUUGUCUCCUCGUUCUACCUUGCCGGCAUGCUCUCCAGCCUUCUCGCCGGCCAUGUAACCAGGACGUUGGGCCGGAAGAAUUCCAUGCUCAUUGGCGGCUUGCUAUUUUUUGCCGGCGCCCUCAACUUCACCGCCGUCAAUAUCUCCAUGCUCAUCAUCGGGCGCGUCCUGCUUGGCGUCGGCGUUGGCUUCACUAGUCUGUCUGCGCCGGUGUACUUGGCGGAGAUAGCGCCGGCGCGGUGGCGCGGGGCGUUCACGAGCACCUUCCACUUCUUCCUCAACGUGGGCUUCUUCAUGGCUGAUCUGGUCAACUACGGUGCAACCACCAUCCCGAGGUGGGGAUGGCGUCUGUCGCUCGGCGUCGGCAUCUUCCCGGCUGCCAUCAUCGUCGUGGGGGCGGCGAUGAUCCCGGACACGCCCAACAGCCUGGUGCUGAGCGGGAAGCUGGACGAGGCGCGCGCCUCGCUGCGGCGCAUCCGUGGGCCGGCUGCCGACAUCGACGCCGAGCUCAAGGACAUCGUCCAGGCCGCGGAGGAGGACAAGAGGUACUCGUCCGGCGCGCUCCGGCGGCUCGGGCGCCGAGAGUACCGGCCGCACCUGGUCAUGGCCGUGGCCAUGACGGUGUUCUUGGAGAUGACGGGCGUGACCGUGGUGUCCAUCUUCACGCCGCUGCUCUUCUACACCGUCGGGUUCACGAGCCAGAAGGCCAUCCUGGGCUCCAUCAUCACGGACAUCGUCAGCCUCGUGUCCAUCGCGGCCGCCGCGGUCGCCGUGGACCGGUACGGGCGCCGCUCCCUCUUCUUCCUCGGCGGCGUCGUCCUGGUCCUGUCUCUGGUGGCCAUGGCGUGCAUCUUCGGCGUCCAGCUGGGGACCGACGGCGGGGCCGCCAUGAGCCGGGGCUACGCGGCGACGGUGGUGGCGCUGGUGUGCCUGUACACGGUGGGGUUCGGCGUGUCGUGGGGCCCGCUGUCGUGGGUGGUCACCAGCGAGAUCUUCCCGCUGGAGGUGAGGACGGCGACGCUGGGCCUCAGCGGGGCCAUCUCGGGCUUGCUCGCGUUUGCGCAGUCGCAAUCGUUCCUGGAGAUGCUCUGCCGGUUCAAGUACGGCACCUUCGCCUACUACGCCGGGUGGGUGGUCGUCAUGACGGCGUUCGUGGCGGUCUUCCUGCCGGAGACCAAGGGCGUGCCCAUCGAGUCCAUGGGCGCCGUGUGGGCGCAGCACUGGUACUGGAAGCGUUUCGUCAAACCGGCGCCGGCGCCAGUCAAGCAGGCCGAUGGGCCCGCUUGAUGCCUUGCACGUAUUAAGCACACGCUACACGGGCACACGGGCCGGCAGUGCUGUGGCGACAAAUUUCGCUCAGUGCAAAUCCUUGGGGGCAUUGGAAUCCCUGCAUGAUGUCACGACGUGUAUGAUUUCCAAUAUCCAUUUUGCCGGUGUUGACAAGCAGGUUAUUCCAUCAAUAACAUAGCUUUCUGAAUUUGGUUCCUUAUAAGCCAUCAGAGUCACCUCUUCGUCAGUGCACGGCCGUUAGGUGCACAAAGACAUGUUCAAUUUCCAAUGUGUCAAAAUUGCCGUCAGCAAACUAACAAGAUUCUGUUCGUAUAAUAAGCACUAACAGAUACUCCUA